AUGCAGAGCCUGCUGAACGAUCAUGACUUCAUGCGCAGCCUGCUCAAGAUGGAUCCCAGGCUGUCCAAGCUCCUCGAGACCUGCCCGGAGCUUAACCUCAUGCUCCACGACCCGGAGGUCAUGAAGCAGGCGACGGAAGCGCUGCGAAAUCCAGUGCACGUCCGCGAUGUCAUUCGCAGCACUGAUCGCUCCAUGUCCCAGCUCGAGGGGCUCGGAACUGGAUCCUUCGACGUGCUGAGGCAGAUGUGCGAGGACAUCCGAAGGCCCAUGCAGGACGAGGAGUAUGUUCGACUGCUAGCGGCCGCGGAAGCCCAGAAGAAGGAGGCGGAGAAGGCCGAGAAGUUAAAGAGCCAAAGAAAGAUGCAGGGCCAAGCCGAUGAGGAGGACGACGAGGGCCAAGGCGAAGAUCGGACCGAGGAGGAUGGAGAGAAGGAGGCCCUGGAAGAGGCACCUCCAGAGGAGGAGGAGGAAGAAGGUGUCGAAGCUCCUGCCUGGGUGGGAACCUUCGACACCAAUGCCAUGGCCUCCAUGAUGCAGGACCAGAACAUGCAGUCACUCUUGGCGCAGCUGGUCCAAGCCAUGCCAGGGCCGGGCAUCAAAGUCCACCCCGACGAUCCUUUCCUGGAUCCCUCGUUUAUUGGGCAGAUGUUUCACGCACAGACCAUUGACUCAAUGGUCAAGCUGCAAGAUGCAGUUGAAAAGCUGUCGAUGACUGAUGGCGCGAAAGCGAGCGCUCCAAACGCUAGAGGGAAGAAGGGACAAGACAUCAAGGAUGAUGGUCCGGCGUAUGAUUCGCCAGCAGCGCUCAGCGGUUUGCACUACCGAAGUCCGGCCCACAACUUCAAGGAGUGCUUCAACAUGUUCAUUGCGGCUGAACAAGAAAGUCCAGAGAUCAGAUACAAGGGACAGCUGCAGGCGAUGCGAAACAUGGGCUUCACAGACCAGGAAGCCUGCAUCCAGGCCUUGCACAACUGCGAUGGCAACAUGAACAAGGCCGUGGAGCUCCUCAUGGAGAAGGCCGACCGCUAG